AAGUGAACUUUUCUAUACCUACCCCCCUAUGAUUUUUAUAUUUUUGUCUGUUAAAAGAUGGUAUGUGCACAGUCAAAGUUUGUAAUAUGAGACUGAUCAUGAAUUAAUGAGUUAUUGGAAUUUGUUGUUUCUCUAUUUUUGAAUUGUACUAGUAUCUGAUGUACUGAUUGAAUUUUAACACAGACUGAAUCAGGUUGGUCAAAAGGUCCUGUAUACAAGUGAACUUUUCUAUACCUACCCCACCCCCUGCCCUGUAAAUCAUUAUUGUAUAUUCAUGAUUUAUUUAUUGUCAAUCUGUAUAAUUAGCCAGAUCCAACUUUGAUUAAAGGUUCUUUCUUUUUUUGUGUGUGCUAUAUUUUUUCCCCACCCCUUUCUUUUUUCCACUUGGUGACUGUACAAAUGUAUUUAAAUUCACAUUAGGCCACAUUUAGUGCAUUUAGAUCUCCAUUGUCUUUAUGUACCGUGACAUUGCAGUAUGAUUGAUUAGUAUUUUUCCUCCUAACAGUCUUAACACUUCAGCAACAUACCAUACCUACGAUUGUGAAAGUCAUGGCUCACAAUUUUGAACAGCUGCGCCGUGUUGAGAGAGAGAGGGAGAUUCAGCAACACAUAGGAAGGCCGGAGCGUGGAUUAAGGGACAGGAAGAAUCCAUUUGAAUGCUAUGCUGAGCUACUGAGAAACAUGGGGAAGACCAUUGAAGAGGCAGUGGAGCGAGCGCUGGUGAGACAUUUUUCAAAUAGCGAUGCCACUGCCAGAAUCAACGAAGUCCCACGCCCAGCUCCCCCUCCCGCAGUACCAGCCCCACGCCCAGCUCCCGCAGUAUCAGCCGUCCCACCACCUGUUGAUCCGGUAUCAGCCACAGUUGAAGUACCCAGUGAUGACGUUUGUCUUUAAUUUGCCAAAUAUUACACACUAUCCUUAUAUUUCUGUUGAAGACAAAAAAAAAUGCUCACCCCCCCCAUCUUGGGUAUUGACCACUGGAAAUUUGCUUAAAGGUAAUGGAAUCUACAUGACUGUAAAUUGUACUUGGAUUCUUCUAAAAUAAUUUUGUUUUAUUUAGAUGAAAUAAUAUGUGUGAAAUCAUAUUUUCCA